GUCGAAUAGAAGAAGCAAAUGUCAAAAAAAUUUUUGGACGUGUUUUGUACAUGUGGUGAAUUUUAUUUAGUUCUCUUAUAGCAGUUUGUUGAGAAAUAUUUAUUUUUAAACAAAGUAUACACCUAUGAGAAUAUAUACAGAAAUUCUAGAUCUAAACAGUAAUAUUAAUAGAAGUAAAAUAUGGGUAAAUCUAAGAAAAUUAAGAAAGGAGCAGGUGAAGAAAGCGAUUCCGACGUAGAAAAUAGUACCAACGACUUAAUCGAAAAACCUCAAACUAAAAAUUUCAAGUCAGCCAAACCUCAUUCUGUAAAGGAAACCAAACAAGAUGAUAAAAAAACGAAAAGUAAAAAAGCCAAGGAAGAUUCCGAUGAAUCCGAACCAGAUAUAAUUUCUAACGUUAAAACAUCUUUUGCCCUCUUACAAGUAGAUGAUGGAGAUUCCGAUAAUGAUGCGCAACCGAUUGAUGAUGAAGAAAGUGAUACUGAAUCUAAACCGACUAAAAAAGAUAGCAAAAAGAAACCUAGUGAUGAAAAUAGGAGUGCUAAAGAGGGCGGUAAAAAAGGGAAAAGGAAAGGUAAAAAACGCGAUGACAGCGAUGAUGAAAUAGAAAAGGUAUUAGCGGAACUGGAAAUGGAAUACUCCGGCGGUGCAACAAUCCAGAAAGAUUCCAACGAAGACCAGCAACCCGAAAGCAAGAAGGAAAAAACUAAAGCUAAGAAAGAAGAAAAAGAAACCGACGAAGUAGAAUCCUCGGGCACCGUGAAAACGGCCGCUCAAAAAAAGAAAGAAAAAAAGGAACGCGAAAAACAGAAAAAAAUGGCUUCGAAGAAACAAGACGGAGUCAAAGAAGAACCCUCCGAGCCCCUUGUUGAUCGCAAAUCUAGCGAAGAUGCUCCGAUAACUGAAGAAAAAGACGAUAACGACCAAGAAGCUGAGAAAAAAGGCAAGAAAAACAAGAAAAAGAAAGGCGGAAAAGAGGAAGAAGAAGUAAAAGAAAAAGAAAAAGAUCCCAAAAAAGGGCCUGGUAAAAAGACCAUCGCUGCAAUGCAAGAAGCCCUUAAGAAACUAAAGGAAGAAGAGGAACAGCAAAGAAAGGAGGCUGAGGAGAGGCUCAAAAGAGAGGAGGAGGCUGAGAACGCCAGGCUAGAGGCGAUUCGAUUAGAAAAGGAGAAAAAAGAGAAGAAGAAGCAAAAGGAGAAGGAACGCAAAGAACGAUUAAAAGCCGAAGGGAAACUUUUGACUGCCAAACAGAAGGCCGAUAGAGCGAGGGCGCAAGCUAUGAUAGAUAAUUUAAAAGCUCAAGGAGUGGAAUUGCCGGAUGUAGGUGAACGUAAACCUCGUCCGGGUACCAGGAUUAGGCCGAGUAAACAGAAAAAGGACCAAGCGCCUGUCGAGAAAAGUACAUCGGAAGAACCUCGACCCGAAAUACAAGAACCCGCUAAAGAAGAGACAAACGAGCCUGAUGUCCAAGAAACGCCUAAAGAAGAAGAAGAAGUAGAGGCGGAAGACGUCAAAGAUGCUUGGGAUGCUUCUUCGUCCGACGAAGGAGAAGAUUCGCAAGAAACGUCAGUGGAUACCGCUCUGUCUGAAGCUAACAUUGAUGCAUCGAAAGAAAGGAAAGCUCAAGCAGCAUCUGGAAAAGGAGAUGAAGAUGAAGAUGAAACGAGUUCGGAAGAGGACGAUAGCGAGAGUGAUGAAAGCGAUACUGAAUCCGAGAACGAUGAUGAUAGAACUGCAGCAGAAAAGGCUCGUGAUAAAGCUAUAGAAAGAAUUAAGCUGAGGAAAGAAAACGCAGAGAAAAACAAAUCGCCGGAUAAUCUAAGAGCUGCUAUCGUUUGCGUCCUCGGUCACGUAGAUACCGGGAAAACGAAGAUUCUCGAUAAAUUGCGACGGACUAACGUGCAAGAUGGCGAAGCCGGCGGUAUUACGCAACAGAUCGGCGCUACAAAUGUUCCUAUCGACGCCAUCAGAGAACAAAUCAAGAUAGUCAAGGGGGCGAAUGAAAUAGAUCUAAAAAUACCGGGCCUUCUGAUUAUCGAUACUCCUGGUCACGAAUCUUUCUCGAAUCUUCGAAGUCGAGGUUCUUCCUUAUGCGAUAUCGCCAUCUUAGUCGUCGAUAUCAUGCACGGUUUGGAGCCCCAAACGCUGGAAUCGAUAAAUUUACUUAAAACCAAGAAAACGCCGUUCAUCGUGGCGUUGAAUAAAAUCGAUAGGCUCUACGAUUGGCAGACGAUAAGCAGGAAGGACGUUAGGGAUAUUUUGAAGGCGCAAGCGCAAAAUACACAGUUGGAAUUCGAACAGCGAACCAAGGAGGUCAUCGUGCAAUUUGCCGAGCAAGGUUUAAACGCCGCCUUGUUCUACGAGAAUCCGGACAUGCGCAGCUACGUUUCGUUGGUACCGACGAGCGCGAUCACCGGCGAAGGGAUGGGCAAUCUUUUGGCCCUCAUCGUCGAAUUUUGCCAAAGCAAAUUGACCAAACGUCUGAUGUACUCCGACGAAUUGCAAGCCACCGUGUUGGAAGUCAAAGCCAUUCCCGGCCUGGGCACCACCAUCGAUGUCAUUCUAGUUAACGGUACUCUAAGAGAGGGCGAUACCAUGUUGUGUGCCGGAACCGAUGGGCCCAUCGUGACCCAGAUUAGGUCUUUAUUGAUGCCGCAACCGAUGAAAGAGUUGCGCGUUAAGAACGCUUACAUAGAAUACAAGGAAAUAAAAGCAGCGCAAGGAGUCAAAAUAGCCGCUAAGGAAUUAGAAAAAGCUAUAGCCGGUUUGAAUUUGUACAUUGCCAAUAAGCCGGACGAAGUUGAAAUUAUCACAGAAGAAGUGUCGAAAGAACUGAAAUCGGCCCUUUCGAAAAUUAAACUAGCCGAUCGAGGAGUUUACGUUCAAGCAUCGACAUUGGGUUCUUUGGAGGCUCUAUUGGAAUUUUUGAGAACCAGUAAGAUACCGUAUUCUGGAAUCAGAAUUGGUCCGGUCGUUAAGAAAGACGUCAUGAAGGCCUCUAUCAUGCUAGAACACGAAAGCCAAUACGCAACGAUCUUAGCCUUCGACGUGAAAAUAGAACGCGACGCCCAAGAACUGGCGGACAGUUUGGGCGUACGGAUCUUCCAAGCGGACAUAAUUUACCAUCUUUUCGACAAAUUCACGGCGUACAGGGAGGAGCUGAAGCAGAGGAAACGCGAGGAAUUCAAACACGUCGCCGUGUUUCCCUGCAAACUUAAGAUACUGCCACAGUUCGUGUUCAAUUCGCGCGAUCCCAUCGUCGUCGGCGUGAUAAUCGAGGCGGGAAUCGUAAAAGAAGGAACUCCUAUUUGUGUUCCCAGUAAAGAGUUCGUGGAUCUCGGCGUCGUUACUAGCAUAGAAAGUAACCACAAAAAUAUCGAUAGCGCCCGCAAAGGAAUGGAGGUUUGCAUAAAAAUCGAACCGGUGCCCGGCGAAUCGCCCAAGAUGUUCGGUAGGCAUUUCGAUGAAACGGAUUUCCUCAUCAGCAAGAUAUCCCGACAAUCCAUAGACGCUUGCAAGGAUUACUUUAGAGACGACUUGCAAAAAACCGACUGGGCGCUGAUGGUCGAACUGAAGAAAUUAUUUCAAAUUUUGUAAAGUUUGAAAAUGUCCAACGGAUUCAAUCACUUUUACCGUCGUUUACUGCGUACGUGUGGUCCUUUUUUUAUCAAUUGACAGUAUUUACAAAACAAAUUUCUGUCCGAGCAACAAUACGAAUACUUUAUAGGUUAAUGCGUUUUAUUUUUUGGGAUCUUUCUGUCAUGGUAACUAAUAGGAUUAUUGGCUGGAACCAUACAUAAUGUUUGAA